AUGCCUGCAAGACGACUUCAACUAUCCGACAAGGCGUCGCUGCCUUUCAAGACCUCCAACAAGCAGAAGCGGGAAGAUCUCUACAUUAAGCAGAAGAAGGCUCGAGGCGCCAUAACGCGAGCAGAGAGGUUUGCACGCAAGAAGGAGGAAGACCGGAACCCUAGACUUCGUGAGGAGCGACUGCGGCGAAAUGUGCCGCAUACAAUCGACAGCAAGCGGGCCUAUGACGAAGUAGCGGAUGAGCCGGAGGACGGCGGUUUAGGAGUUGCAUAUCACGUCGAAGGUGUGAAGAGGAGGAAGCUCUUCGAAGAUCAGGAGCUCCCGGAAGAUGCGCCUGCGGCGACAGAAGGACAGGAGGACGAGGAUGAGGACGACAGAGACAGUAUGUUAGACACGGACUCUGAGAAGGAGGACGGAGAUGAUGUGAAUGUUGAGGAAGCAGAAGUCGAUCCCCUGCCCUCAAAGGCAGAGAUCCGGACCUCGAGCUCUUCAAGACCUCGGGCAGCCUCGCCGACACGUUCGACGACAUCCACCGCUCUGUCUCUUGCCCCUGCCGCGCUGGCUGCUAAGUUUCCCUCGCUCUUCCAGAAUGGAGACGAACUUCCACCCACGCCACAAGUUCUGAUCACAACCUCUAUCAACUCCACACUUCACUCGCAAGCCAAGACGCUGGUCGGUCUGUUUCCGAACUCCAAGUAUAUUCGCCGCUCAUCACAUCGGCAUGGCUACAAAUUCUCGGUUCGUGAGAUCUCCUCGUUCGCCCACAACCAGGGUUAUACGGCAGUUGUCGUACUGGAAGAGGACCAGAAGCGGCCAAGUGGUAUGACCAUGGUGCAUCUGCCCUCUGGUCCUACUUUUCACUUCUCAAUAUCGAAUUGGUAUGAAUCGAAAUCGCUGCCAGGCCACGGGAAGGCUACACCACAUGCUCCAGAGCUGAUACUCAACAACUUUACCACACCACUGGGUCUUCUAACAGCACACUUGUUCCGGUCGCUUUUCCCACCUAAACCAGACCUCCAGGGGCGGCAAGUGGUCACAUUUCACAACCAGAGAGAUUUCAUCUUCAUGCGUCGCUUCCGCUAUGUACUCCGAGAGAAGCGAGAAUCCGAGAAAGUGGUCGUCGGCAGCGAUGGUAAGCCAAUAGUUGGCGCCGAAGAGGUACGAGCAGGGUUGCAGGAGCUAGGCCCACGCCUGACGCUGAAAUUGCGAAGAGUCGACAAAGGCAUCCAACGCAAGUCGGGCCAGGAAUGGGAAUGGAAGGGAAAGACGGACCGCGUCAGGACGAAGUUUCAGCUAUAG